CCGGUUCAAUCAUAACUGUGCCCUCUGAGUUGGACGAAAGUAUUGCACAAUACGACAGGAGUGAGUGAGCACUUUGUACGUAUAUUCUAAUUCUUGACAAAUAAUAAUUUCUCUGUAACGUAUAUUAACGUAACUUGAAGAAAGAUGUCUUCACCGUUUACAUGCAUUACUUGUAGAGUCGCUUUUAUCAGCGCAGAGAUCCAGCGUGCCCAUUACAAAUCAGACUGGCAUCGUUACAAUUUGAAAAGAAAAGUAGCCGAGAUGCCUCCUGUGACUGCAGAUAACUUCCAACAGAGAGUUUUGGCACAGCGGGCAGAGUCUGAAGAAGUGGAUAAGAACACCACAUCACAAUGUAAAAUAUGCAACAAGCAUUUCAACUCCCAAAACGCAUAUGACAAUCACAUGAAAUCAAAGAAACAUAAGGAGACUGAAGCUAAAAUUACCAAAAAAAUCCAUGAUGAAAUGGUGAAAAAAAGACAGAAGAAUGCUGAAAAGGGGAUAGAGAAUAAUGAUGAGGAUGAUGAUGUUGCUCUUAAAAAUGCUGUAAACUUAGCAAUUGCAGGAUAUAGAGCAAGCGAUGUAAAAAGAAAUGAUGAUGAAAACCUACCCAAGGGUGUAAGUGGUUCUAGUAGUGGAGAGGCCUCUGGAGCAGCCAGAAAGAAAGCAAAAGUUCAUUUACAUCCUGCCAAGAUAGAAACGGAUGAAGACAUGGAUUAUGACAGCGAUGAAUCAUGGGAAGAGGUGGAGGGUGAUGCCAUAGCAGUUACUGAUUGUUUAUUUUGCUCACAACCAAACAAUACAAUUGAAGAAAAUGUACAACAUAUGACAAAAGUACAUAGCUUCUUUAUUCCUAGUAUUGACUAUGUGAGUGACUUGGAAGGUCUCAUUGGUUAUCUUGGUGAGAAAAUCGGUGAAGGUUUUGUAUGUUUGUGGUGCAAUGAGAGAGGUAAAGCUUUCUAUUCCGCUCAAGCUGUACAGAAUCAUAUGAAAGAUAGAGGACACUGUAAGAUGCUGUAUGAAGGGGCUGCUAUCUACGAGUAUGCUGACUUUUAUGAUUAUAGGAUAAGUUAUCCAGAUUAUGAGGAGCAUAAAUCUAAAAAGUUGAGAAGAAGCGAUGAAGCAGGUGCCAGUGGGGGUGAUGAAGAAAUGGAUACCGAUGAUGACGAUGACUUAGAUGAUAAUGCCCUACAAGUUAGUGAUGAUGGUGGUGAACUGAUAUUACCAUCAGGUUCCCGAGUAGGACAUAGAGAUUUGAUGAGAUAUUACAAACAGAAGUUUCCUGCAACACGUAAAGUCGCUGUAACGGGGACGAGAAAUAGAGAUAUGGUGGGAAGAGUUAUAACACAGUAUAAGGCAUUAGGAUGGACUGGAGCCACAGGUGAAGCUGCCCAACGCAAGAUCAAAGAUCUGAAAGUGAUACAAAAAUGGAAAGCCAAGCAAGAUAUUAAUCUGAGGAUGAAAGCCAAUAAAUUCCAGCCUCAUCUAAGACCACAAGUUGUAUUCUAGACUGUAUUUUGAUCUUCUGAUAACAAAAUCUGUAUUAUUAAUUAUUACAUUACAGAUACAGCCAGAAAAAUGUAUGAUGAAAAACAAACAUUGGGUGAAUGUUGUAUUCUUUUUUCCAUGAUUCUCUGAACAUGUACAAUAAUUUUAUUAAAGUAAAAUUUGUUGAGAACAAGUGAGAAUGUAUGACGAAUAGCUUGACAUUUCAAUACUAUGGUUCCAUAAUAUUAUUAUGAAGUGAAAUAAAAUGAUGAAUCUUGUA